AUGGCAGCCAUCCCCUCCAGCGGCUCGCUCGUGGCCACCCACGACUACUACCGGCGCCGCCUGGGCUCCACUUCCAGUAACAGCUCCUGCGGAAGUGCCGAGUACCCUGGGGAAGGCAUCCCCCGCCACCCCGGUCUCCCCAGAGCUGACCCGGGACACUGGUGGGCCAGCUUCUUUUUCGGGAAGUCCACUCUCCCGUUCAUGGCCACAGUGUUGGACUCAGAACCAGCCCAGGCCUCCACCGGCAUGAUCACCUGUGACCUGGCUCGGGAAGCCGUGGGGAAGCAGCAGCCUGGCCAGGCCAACUCCAGGCCCCCGUCCUGA